AUGGCGUCAUUCGAGCUUCAUGUAUGGGGCAAUGCCUUUGGCCUCGAGUCCAUUGACACCGAGUGUCUUGCCGCCGUCAAGUACUGCUCCCAAGUCUUCCGGGGCCGGGGAAAGAGCUCCCAAUGGAACUUAGUCGAGAGCAGCGACCCCUCAAUAUGUCCGGACCAUCGUCUACCCGCCCUUCUCCAUGACGGCGCCUGGACCAGCGGCUACCGACACAUCGUCACAUACCUCGCGCGCCACCUAAACCUCCCCGAAACCCUGAACCCCGCCCAGCGCGCCGAUGCUCUCGCCUACGAGACGUACCUCACCUCACGCGCCUCGGCCCUCGUCGACCUAUCGCUCUACGCCUCCUCGACGAACUGGUCCGCCACGACACGUCCCGCGUACAGCUCCAUCCUACCCUUCCCUCUUACGUGGACGGUACCGCCGGCGCUCCGUGCCGAGGCCGUGCGACGUGUCGAGAGGUUCGGCUUUAGCGAGAUGGAGGCCGAUGGGCGGGAUGAUGAUGAGGAGGACGAGGAGGAGGAGGAAAAGGCUCCAGCGUUUAGGUGGAAGGGGCUCACGAGGAGGAGGAAGACUGUCGUGGAGUCGAUGACGGCUGAGCAGAUGGUUGGAAUUAGGCUAUAUUCCUUUGCUAAGGAUGCGCUUCAGACGAUACGAGACGGGGUCGUGGAUGGGACCGUCAUCGUCGGUGACGAGGGAGAGUACUCCGCAACAGCAUGGUUGCUCUACGCCCACCUCGCGUUGAUGCUCGCCCCGGAAGUGCCCCAGUGUUGGCUACGCACUCUCCUCCGCAGCGACUUCCCCCAACUCGUAGACUUCUACACCAAGAUUAACACAUCACCCACCACCACCGCCCCCUCCUCGAGCGAACUAAUCCCGACCACCCCUCACAAGCACACCCUCCUCUCCACAACCGCCCGCUUCCUCCACCACGUCAUCCAAUCCAUCCCCACCCUCGGCCCAAUCUACACCACCGAAUGGCGCCGCCGCACAACCGAAAAAAUCCGCGGCCUAGACGCCCGCUCCUCCUUCCUACUCUCCGCUACCGUCUCCGCUGUGCCCACUGUCGCGUACCUCUACAGCCUUGCCGCGAGCGGGUUGCGGCCCGGGCCGAAGAUUAAGGCGCGCCCUCAUGUUUGGUAUGUUGAGAGGCAGGGGCGCGGGCUGGGGAGGUUUGGGGAGAUUGGCGCCAUGUUGGAUUUUACGAUGAGUGCUGUUGGUGGAACUGGGACGGGUGGGGAAGGGUGGGGGUUUGGGACUUCGGAGUUUGCGGUUCAGGCGGGGAGGGAUGUUGAGGUAGAGGCGAGGCCAUAA